AUGGGAUUCCAAGGCCCUGUGCAGUCAAUCUACCUUGCUUUGCAAUCUACCAAGUUUCUUGCUGUGGUUGAGAAAAACAUGGUGUCGAACAAUGAAUUCGGCGCACUUCAGCUAGAGUCGGACCUGAGCAAAGGGCUCAUCGCAUGGGAUAGUCAAAGCGACACGCACAAUCCCAGGAACUUCUCCCCCGCAAAGAAAUGGACUACGAUGCUCUUACUCAGCGCCAUGAUAGCACUCAGCUUCCUCACAUCUACUAUUGUCUCGCCGGCAGCAUCUCACAUUACAUCUGAGUUUCACGUUGAAUCAGCGAUCCUUUCCUCACUGAUUACUACUAUAUAUGUACUCGCCUACAUGUUUGGCCCGCUUAUACUAUCUCCUCUCAGCGAGCUGUACGGCCGUCGUUUGAUACUUAACUGCGCCAACGCCGUCUUCACUCUUUCCCAUAUCGGCUGUGCGCUAGCACCAAACGCUGGAACAUUCCUUGCAUUCCGCAUAAUAUCUGGCCUUGCAGGGUCAGUAAGUUUAUCAGUUGGGGGAGGAAUAGUUCCGGACCUUUUCGACGUUCAUGAGCGCGGUACGCCUAACGCACUAGUCACGACGGGGUCAUUGUUUGGACCUGUAUUAGGGCCUCUUUUCGGAGGAAUAAUCACACAACGAGCCGGUUGGCGAUGGAUAUUUUGGGUGCUUCUCAUCGCUUGCGCAGUUGUGGCAAUUGCAAUGGCGGCCUUCACACCAGAAACUAAUGCAGCCGUGAUUAUCCGUCACAAGGCAUUGAGAUUACAAAAGGAAACCGGCAGACAAGAUCUUCAGAGCGCCUACGAUUCCGAGAAAGCAUCCACCAGUCUCAACAAUCCUUGGCUCCUACUAGCUCGUGCCAUUUCCCGCCCUUGGAAAAUGCUCUUCCAUUCCCCGCUGUUGGUCAUCCUUUGCACCAUGGUAGGCCUGAUCUCAGGUCUACUCUAUACCCUCCUUACCACCACCUCUACAUUCUUUCAAGAAUUUUACGGGUGGUCCCUCGAGACCGCCGGCCUUGCGUAUAUGGGCCUCGGCCUUGGCAGCCUGGUCGGUCUGAUUGUAUUUGCGAAGACUUCCGAUCUUCUCGCCGUCCGUCUCACCAAGGCGAACAACAAUAUCUUUCAGCCCGAGAUGCGCAUAGUGACGGCGUUCCUCCCGGCGCUAUUCAUCCCGGUGAGCUUCUUCUGGUACGGCUGGUCUACGCAAGCCCAGACGCAUUGGAUUGUUCCGUUGAUCGGUCUAGUACCCUUUGGCUUCGCCCAGGUGGGAAUCAAUGCAACUGCUCAGGCGUAUGUAAUUGACGCGUCUGGACCCUUUGCGGCAUCUUCAAUGGCUUGCGUCACAUCCGUGCGCUGUCUUUUUGGUGCGUUCCUGCCACUGGCUGGGCCUAGUCUUUACGGUCAUCUCGGCCUAGGAUGGGGGAACUCUCUGUUAGGCUUUGUCGUCACGGCCGCCCGACUUGUGAGCCAUGCCGCCAGCGGAAGGUCCGUUGCAACAGGAAGACGCCGUGCUCGCACUGCUCCCGCCUACAGCUCUCGUGCGUCUACGAAACACGGCGAAGGCGUGGGCCUACCAGGGCACCAUCCAGGGCCUCGCCACGACCGUCUUUUUCGAGAACACCGCCUGCUCACGAGCAUGAGGCUUACAAAAGUCGAGGGGCUUCUUUCCAAUCUCAUGGCUUCGCUCGAUCAUGGUAAAGCUUCCACUGACCCCAUUGGGAAUGAUCAAGAUGCACCGGGUCCGGUUCUAGUGCCUCCCGUGCAACCCCCUCAAGAAGCUACGUUGGGCGAGGGGGUGAAGGGUAGCUACGUUGACAACUCAGUGUUCGUCAGGCUGUUCCUGGACGAUAUGUCUCGACAAAGUUCUGGAAAUACCAAGCCACCAAACAGCUCGUUAAACCUUCCAACUCAUGGUCCAUCCAUGCAGUAUGGGGUAGUUGCCACCGACGUCUUCGGGUAUCAAGUUGAUGAUAUCUCCAUACCUUCGCCAACGUACGGAAAGUUAUGGUCUCUUUACAAACAGAAUUUCGAUUCCCUGGUGAAACUCUUGCACAUACCCACCAUACAACCAGUUAUAUUGCAUGCCUCCGCCAAUCCCCACGAGGCAGACGAUGCAACAAUGACCCUGGUAUACGCUGUUGCGUUCGCAGCUACGGUAACCGUGCCAAGGGCAAAGGCAAUGGAGCAGCUCGGGUUUGAAAAGACAACCCUCCUACGCCAUCUCAUGCAACAAAUGGAUGGCGCAUUGAUGAGGGCACAAUUCCUGUUACGCCCAAAUACACGGGCCCUGACGGCUCUUGUCAUCUAUUUGACGGCACUGAGGACACACGACGCAACACGAACAAUUUGGAUACUGACCGGUCUUGCCAUGCGCAUUGCCGAGUCGCUUGGAGUCCAUGUAAACGGCACCCGUCUAGGUCUGGAUCCUUUCGAGACCGAGAUAAGACGUCGGCUGUGGUGGCAUCUAACCGCUCUCGAUGCCACGGCGCCCGAAAGCCACGGGUUCGAUUCAACGACCGUGGACCGUAACCACACAUGUCUGCUACCAACCAACAUCAACGACAUCGACAUUUCUCCACAGAUGACGGAGCCACCCAUCGGGAAGGACCAGUGGACUGAGAUGUCAUUUUCCAUCAUGAACCUGGACCUGUGCCGCAGCUUAAGGCGCGUCAUUGCUACAACCACGCAGAACGAUGCCGGGACUAGAGUUGACACAAUACAUGAAACCGAGCGUAAGGUGGAGCAACAAUGGCUGCAACUCGCGGAUAUGACGAAUCCAAUAUGUCGUGCUGCAGAUGCUCUGCUGCGCAUAUCUGUCUUGAAGACGCGUUUCAUCAUGACGCUUCAAGCCUGGCUUUCGACUACAAGGAGUGCAGAUGGCAGAUACCAUCACCUCCCUCAGUCAGCCUUUACGACUGCUAUCAAAUUACUCGAAGACGGAUAUCUACUUCAGUCAGGGAAACUAUUCGAAAGUUUUGCAUGGUUUUUCCAGCAACAACCGCAAUUGUACGCUUUGUUCCUCGUGCUACGCACGCUGCACGCCUCCCCCGGCCGAGCUGAAGCGGAUAGGGCAUGGGUUGCGGUAGAUAAUUAUUUUACUUGCCUCAUUGACUUUGAAGAGGCAUCCGAGAUGAAGGGCAGGACGAGCUGCGUUUGGACAGUUCUCGGUCCAUUGCGUGAUAAGGCCAGAGAGUCGUGUGCGCAGAUGAGUCGCAAAGCGCAAGGCCUGGUAGCAGCGGAAGCAUCGUCGGCGCCAUCCCCUGCCAACUUGACACAGACAGGCCUUUCCGAUGAAUCUGGUCAGCCCCUCCCAACCGCCGAGGCUAAUAUGCCGUUGUCACCAUUCCAUUCCGCACUCGAUCCUUCGGCUUUGGAUGACAUGCUCAUGUGGCAGGAUUUCUCGGGUUGGUUCAAUCUUGAUGCAAGACUUUUAUAA